AUCCGCACUUGUGUGUGUCUAUCUAUAUCUACACCUAAUACCAAUGUGACGCACUGACUCACAAACAUACAUGGCCUCUGCUGCAACCGUUUGGUCAUCAGAAAAAGAAGCAUCAAAGGUUCAUGCAUCGGACAUUCCAAGCGUCAAAACCUUUGCAGAAUCAAACGAAUCCUCUUUCAUCCCUUCCAGUUACCACUCUAUAACAGAACCUGAUGAUGAUGUUGCAGACGAACUUGCAGCUUCCAUCCCAAACAUUAACUUGUCUCUCCUCACUUCACACGACCCUCAAAUCCAUGCCAAAGCCGUGCAUCAACUCGGCAAGGCCUGUGCGGAAUGGGGUGUCUUCAUGCUGACAAAUCAUGGACUUUCGGAAAAGCUGAUGGAGGAGGUGAUGAACAAGUCUUGCGAGUUUCAUUAUUUGCCUGUGGAAGAAAAGGAGGAGUUUGGUGACAGUGGCAAAAGCCCUUUCACAUCCAUAAGAUAUGGCACCAGCUUCAAUCCUGAAGCAGAGAAGCUUCAUUAUUGGAGAGAUUAUCUCAAGGUUAUCACAUCUCCUCAGUUCGACUUCCCCAACAAGCCACCAGGUUAUAGAGAGGUUGCAUUUGAGUAUAGUCGAGAAAUAAGAGGUGUGGUGAGGAAGUUGCUUGAAGGAAUAUCAGAAAGCUUGGGAUUAGAAUCCAAUUCCAUAAUAGAGUCAACGGGAUUUGACUCUGGCUUUCAACUCUUUGCAGUGAACCUAUAUCCACCGUGUCCUCAGCCACACCUAGCUCAAGGGUUGCCUCCACAUUCUGAUCAAGGCCUUAUGACACUUCUGAUGCAGAACGGAAUUGGAGGGCUUCAGGUUAAGCACGAUGGCAAAUGGGUGAACGUGAAUCCCCUUCCAAAGUCAUUUGUUGUAUUAAUUGCAGAUCAAGUUGAGGUUGUGAGUAACGGGAGGUACGCGAGUGUUUUACACCGAGCGAUUCUCAACAACACCCACAGUAGGAUCAGUCUUGCGGUGUCCAAUGGACCAGCGUUAGACAAGCAAAUUGAACCUCCGCGGGAGCUGUUGGAGAAGGAAAAGCCAUUGUUCAAAAGCAUCACUUUUCAGGACUAUUUCCAAUUUCUGCAGAGGUCACGGUUAUCUGACAAAACAGCAUUGGACGAGAUUCGCCUUAAUGAUUAACAAUGAUGUUCAUAUUUAUCUAUUGUGAAUGUGGUUAAUGCUAUUGGCAUGUGUUGGAUGAUUUGAUAAUUAGUGUUCACGUUUUGGUGUGGUUCUUUGUCGUUGAUAAAGAUUUCUUACCAAAUUUCAGGGACUCGUGAGGAAGGAUUUUAGCGAAAAUGAACAUUUAAUUCUCACCCGCUGCCAUGAAAUGAAUAGUUAUCCGAAACGAAAUGGGCAAAUGAUAAAUUCCUUGAGUUU